ACAUAUACACACCAUUUCGCCCACCUCUCCCCUCUUUUUUUGUCUUACUUCAUAGUUGAUAGAGAUAAGCGAAUAAAUAGUUCGUGCGUUGUGUUAUACUUCGUGUGUGUGUGUCUGUCGAAGAACAAGGUAUGGUGAAAUGUAAUACUUAAUAGUUUGUUUUUUUCAAGUCCAUUUUUGUUUUGUGGAAUGCCGAUUAAAAUUUAUCACGAUGCGGAUGCUGAUGUAAAUGUACUAUGGAGCAGGGCUCCGCGGGACUACCAAAAAGCCGUCCCGUCCCACCCUAUUCUGUCAUGUGGGACGCAAUACUUUUUUCUCGAAGUAUUAUUUAAAAAGUCUACCGAAUUUACAUUUUGAGUAUUGUUUAACACACGUGAAUAUGUGGAAAAACACUUCGGAUCUAAAACAAAAUCAUCGAUUCACUGAUAAUCACCAAUAUGAUUGACAAUGACGGAGCGGGAAAGGCAAAUCUAGUCCAAUGAUCAGUCAUGCGUUUGCGAGUAUUUUCUAUAACAACAGGUGGAUUUGUUUUUAUUUGGAACAUCUAUUAACCUGAACGCACGCCAAUUUUUCGAAGUUCUCAGAAGAAGAGAGAAAUAUAUCGACCAAACAGACAUUGGAACCACGAGAUAGACGCGAUACGGAUAGUGACGACAAAAUAUUAAGAGAACUGAAGCACCAGAAGACGGAUUGCGACAAAAAAACCAUGGAAUUGAAUGUCGUGAUAGAGCAUUUUGUAACUGUUUCACGCUGUUUAAUACAUCAUUUCCGAGAAUCAGAAUGAUCAUCCUAGGAACAUAUGAGGUUGUUACUGUUUAGUUAAACAACUGUCGACUUCCAAGCGCAACAAAACAUUAAAUAAAUAAAUAAACAAUGAAAAAGAAGAACGACUUUGAAAAGAAAAAAAUUUGAACAAUAGUCGUCUGAAUAUCCAGUUUCGUUAAAACACACUAACUAGAUCACUUGUAACAACUACUCAGAUCUACUUAACAUAAAGACAUCGCUCAGUUCCGAUACAAAGGAAACUGUGCGACAACUCUGCGCCAUGAGCAAUCGUGUCCCGUCCGAUCUCGUCCCGCGGAGCUCUGGUAUGGUGUAAAACUGUCGUAUUUAUUGGAUACGGAAAUCAAAGGCGAGCACAAGCAUUGAAUUUUGCGUAAUAGUGGUGUCAAGAAUAUCGUCAUUGGGAAUAUUGUUGAUGAUCAUGCUACACAAGCUCGCGAAGAUGGAUUUAAUCCAUUGAGUAUUGAAGAAAUAGUACGUCAAGGUGAUAUUCUAAUGUUAUUAAUUUCUGAUGCAGAUCAACAAACUGUUUGGAAUGGAAAAAUCCGAACGAAUAUUAAAAUUAAUAUUGCCAGACGAUAUGGAUGUGGUGCCGGUAUACGUGAUCGUUAUGUUCAAAACAUUCCUUAUCCAUGUUUUAUCUCUGUUGAAAAAGAUGCCAGUAGUACCGCUAUUGGGGCAACACGAGGUGAUGGCACCGUUGGUUCGUCGUGUCGUGAAGAGGCUGGUAUUGAUUUAUUUGCUGAACAAGCUCUUUGGUCGGAGAUUAUGGCGAUCUGUCGUGAAGACUAUCAUGUCUUACAUGAAGCAAUUUUAUUUGAUACGUAUUUAAGUAAGGAGCCCGCUGAAAUUUUUGAAAACGUUGCUGAUGAACAAUUUGUUAAACAAUUAAAAUAUCAUUCCCCAACAAGUCACUAUGGUCAAUUAUCAACGAUGAAUCGUCAGGAUAGAAAGAACAUUCAUGGAAAAAUUUCGAUGUGUUCUUAA